UUUUUUAUUAAAAAAAGAAAAUUUCAGAAAUAAUAAUUACGAUUAAAUAAUAUUAAUAUUUUUUUAAAAAUUGAAAAAUUAAUUAAAAACAUGAAAGAAAUUAACUUCUUUCAUAAUCGGUAAAUUUAUUUAAUAUUCUUAUUAAUCAAAAAAGUGUAUAUUCAUCAGAGUUAAUGAAAAUUACGUAAAAAAAAAUUUCCAAAAUGAAUUGGAUUUUUAUAAAUUUUGUGUUAAGUGUUACUUUCGUGCCAAUUUUCACGGAAGAAUAUCAUUGCGUUUGGGGUGGAGUUUGUACCAGUGUUAUGGGAAAUUCACCUUGCGCAAAAAAUGGAUCCGCCGUUUCACUUGAGGGAUAUAAAAGCGAUACAAAAGCAAAACUUAAAAAAAGAUGUCCACAUUUUUUUGAAAAUGGCGAUGAAAAUAUAAAUGUUUGUUGUGAUGAAAAACAAAUUGAUGUGCUUGAUUCUGAAUUGCAAAGAGCCGAAGGUAUAUUUGGUAGAUGCACAACGUGUGUGAGAAAUUUAUUUAAAUAUUUUUGUGAAUUUACAUGCGCGAAAGAUCAGAGUCGAUUUAUGAAAGUCACGGAAUUUAUUCCUGAUAGCAAUUCUGUCACAGAGACUGAUAUGUACCUUUCGGAAAAAUAUAUGAACGCAACUUAUGACUCUUGUAAGGGUAUUGUUGUACCAACAACUGGACAAUUAGCAUUGGAUAUAGGAUGUGGUGUUCCAGCUGCCGAUUGUUCACCAAAAUUAUGGUUUCAAUUUUUUGGUAACACACCAAAAACUGGUGGAUUGUCACCAGUGCAAUUAAGAUUUUUUUACAAUGAAACAGAAAGGGAAAUGUAUCAUACAACAAAACGGUGUGAUGAAUCGUAUGACGAUUCCUCGGAAUCUUGUAGUUGUGUCGAUUGUCCAAGUUCCUGUCCACUAAGUGAAUUAACACCAGCAAAUUCACCAUUUCUAAUUAUUGGCCUAAAUGGAUAUGGAAUUAUUGGAUGCGCUAUUAUUUUGUAUAUGACAUUAAUGAUUGUAUUUUUAUCUUACAUUUGGACAAGACACACGUCUAAAAUUGAAAUGGAACCAAACGAUAGUUUCGAGAAAUUACGAAAUUGCAAGACCAAGGCAAAAAUGCAUCUUUAUGGAGUUUUACAAUCAUUUUUCAUUAUUUGGGGAAAAUAUUGUGCAAAGUAUCCAACAGUGAUUCUUUGCCUCUGUUCCUAUAUAAUUUUGGGUCUGAGCUAUGGAGCCUUGAAUCUCAAAGUGACUGUGAAUCCCAUUGAAAUUUGGGCAUCACCAAAUAGUCGUUCACGAAUUGAAAAAGAUUAUUUUGACAAAAUGUUUAAACCAUUCUAUAGAACUGAACAAAUUUUCAUUAAAGCUGUUGAUCUCAAACCUGUUUUACAUCAAAAGCCAGAUGGUGUAAAAAAAUUUGGACCAGUUUUCAAUCGUGAAUUUUUAAUGGCCGUUUAUGAUUUACAAGAAAAAAUUUUAGAGCUUGGACAAGAAACUGGUGAAGGAUUAGAAAAAAUUUGUUAUGCACCAACUCAAAAUGAAUUCACAGGUCAAGUGACAAUUAGCAAUUGUGUCGUUCAAAGUAUUUGGGGAUAUUUUCAAAAUGAUUUAAAAACAUUCAAUGAAACAGAAAUUGUCGAUGGAAUAGAGAAAAAUUAUUUGAAUCAUCUGGAGAGAUGUUUGCAAAAUCCAUACAAUCCAGAUUGUCUUGGUCCUUAUAAGGGUCCAAUAUUUCCGGCAAUUGCAUUUGGUGGUUUCUUAAAGAAAGGAAAAUACAAUUACGAUGCCUCAAGUUAUAUAAAAGCUACUGGAUUGGUUUUGACAUUUAUCGUUAAAAAUACCGUCGAUGAAGAGGAAAUGAAGCCAAUUAUUAAAUGGGAACAAAAAUUUAUCGAUUUUAUGAAAAAUUGGAAUGAAUUUCAUCGACCUAAAUUUAUGGAAAUUGCAUUUAGUGUUGAAAAAUCCGUUGAAGAUGAAUUGGAUAGAGUUUCAAGGGCGGAAAUUUUUAUAAUUGCCAUAAGCUAUGCACUUAUGUUUAUUUAUAUUGCAUUUGCAUUGGGAAAAUUUGAAAGCAUUAAUAAAUGUUUUGUCACAAGUAAAAUAGUUUUAAGUCUAGGGGGAAUUUUAAUAGUUAUGGCCUCGGUGACAUGUUCUUUGGGUGUUUUCGGUUAUUUUGAAAUUCCAACAACUUUAUUAACAAUCGAGGUUGUUCCGUUUUUGGUACUGGCAGUGGGUGUUGACAAUAUUUUUAUUUUAGUACAAACAUUUGAAAGAUUUCCCCGCGUAUCAUCGAUUCCCGAUCAUAUGAGCCGAAUUUUAGGAUUAGUCGGACCUUCUAUGCUUUUAACGAGUGCCUCCGAGUGUUGUUGUUUUUUAAUUGGCUCUCUAUCAACAAUGCCGGCAGUUAAAACAUUUGCAAUGUACGCAUCAUUGUCGAUUUUUUUUAAUUUUCUUUUACAAAUAACAGCAUUUGUUUGCUUAUUAUCACUAGAUACAAAUCGAUUAGAGAAAAAUCGUCUCGAUGUUUUUUGUUGUAUUAAAACAAAUAACACAAUAACGGAUUUAAAUGGUCAAGGAUUGAUUAAAAAAAUUUUCAAAAAUUUCUACGUUCCAUUUUUAAUGCGAAAACCAAUAAGGCUAAUUGUUUUAUUAUUUUUCCUAAUAGCGGUCUCUUUCAGUAUCGCAGUAGCUCCAAAUUUAUCAAUUGGUUUAGAUAAAAAACAUUCAAUGCCUGACGAUUCUUAUGUUUUAAAAUAUUUCGAGUUUAUGGAAGAAUUUUUGUCAAUGGGACCACCGGUUUAUUUUGUUGUAACAAAAGGAUUGAAUUAUAGUUUAGAAAAUGUACAAAAUGUAAUUUGUGGAAGUCAAGGUUGUAAUGUUGAUUCUUUAUUUUCGCAAAUUUAUUCCGCAGCUAAACAACCAUCAAUAUCAUAUUUAACAAAUUCAGUAUCCUCUUGGAUGGACGACUAUUUUGAUUGGACCACCAUUAAUGGAUGUUGUAAAUAUUUUAAGAGCAAUAAUUCCUACUGUCCACACAAUAAUGAAUAUUGUGAAAAAUGUAAAAUUACAAAAUCCGAAAAACGAAAAUCGCGACCAGACGAAAAUAAUUUCCGUAAAUAUGUACAAUUUUUUUUAAAUGACAUUCCGGAUGAUGAAUGUGCAAAAGGAGGACGAGCUGCUUACUUAGACGCUAUUAAUUAUAAUAUUGAUAAAUAUGGAAUGAUAGACGUUGGCGAUUCAUAUUUUAUGAGUUAUCAUGUUCCAUUGGUAAAAGAUUCGGAUUGGUAUGAAUCAAUAAAAGCCGCGAGAGGAGUUGCCGAUAAUAUAACAAUGAUGAUUAACAAUGCAAAUCUCACUAAUGAAACAAUUUCCGUAUUUCCCUACAGUGUUUUUUACGUAUUUUACGAGCAAUAUUUGUCAAUAUGGUGGGAAACACAAAGUUUUCUUGGAUUAGCAGUGGGAGUAAUUUUUAUUGUCACAUUUAUUUUCACUGGAUUUUCCUUUUUUUCUGCAUUUAUUGUCGUUUUAAAUGUUAUAAUGGUCGUUAUUAAUUUAAUGGGACUUAUGUAUUGGUGGAAUAUUUCUCUAAAUGCUGUAUCACUCGUUAAUCUUGUUAUGGCUGCCGGAAUUACGGUUGAAUUUUGCAGUCAUAUUGUUCAUUCUUAUUUAACAUCAAAAUUUGAAACUAAAGUGGGAAAAACAAGUGAUGCACUCAUACAAAUGGGAAGUUCAGUAUUUUCCGGUAUUACUUUAACAAAAUUUGCCGGAAUUAUUGUUUUGGCUUUUGCAAAAUCGCGAAUUUUUCAAAUUUAUUAUUUUCGAAUGUAUUUGGGAAUUGUUUUAAUCGGCGCCGCUCACGGUUUAAUAUUCCUACCAGCUUUAUUAACAUUUAUCGGUCCACUAUCAAAUGUUUACAUAUCGGAAUCUUCAUCACCCAGUUGGAAAAAUGUAAGAUAACUGUUAAAUAAAGUAUACAAGAAUUUUUUUAAACUAAUAGAGAAUAUUACUAUAGAAUUAUACUGUAUUAAAAAAAAAAAAAAUUGCGUUACGAAAAUUAAACUUUAAAAAAUUUCCACAAA